AUGGACUAUCAGCUAUCCCAAGUCAAAAGCAAGCUACUAGUCAAGGCAAAAGAUAUGGUGCAACACUUGAAAUUCAUAAUGGCUGAGCAGCAAAUCUUUAGUGAUUUUGCUUCUUCCUCUAACUCUUCUAGAAAAUAUGGUGUUUUUCUAAGCUUUCGAUGUGAGGACACCCGUAAGAACUUCACAAGCCAUCUUUAUGAAGCUUUGAUGCAAAAGAAAAUUGAAACCUAUAUGGACUACCAGCUUGAAAAGGGAGAUGAAAUCUCUCCAGCAAUCGUUAAGGCCAUCAAAGAUUCUCAUGCAUCAGUUGUCAUCUUCUCAGAGAACUAUGCUUCCUCAAAGUGGUGCUUGGUUGAACUUAGCAAGAUUCAGGAAUGCAAGAAAAAGCAAGCACAAAUUGUCAUACCGGCUUUCUACAAUAUAGAUCCAUCCCAUGUGAGGAAGCAAAAUGGGAGUUAUGAGCAAGCCUUUUCAAAACAUGAGGAAGAACCUAGGUGCAACAAAUGGAAAAGCUGCUCUGACUGA